GUCAUUUAAUGUUACCUGACACACAAAUCAUGGCUGGAAUAGUGUUGUGUGGCCCGGUCCAAGCCACUUUGUUUAUUUCCCAUUUACAGAGCCAGUGUACAAACACUGGAGUAUUGGAUUAGAAUCGCAUACACCACCUUUAAAGAACCAACUACCUGAUUUGAACAUAUUCCAGGCUCUUUCCUUACAGAGUGGACGAGAGGUCAUUUUCAAAUAAUCAAUUUACAUGUUUUUAUCAAAACAGCAUCAUACACUUACAUGUAAAAAAAAAAUUCUUGCAGUUGUUCCUUCCAUGUUUGUUUAUCUUUUUUUUUUUACGCCUCCGGGCUUCCCCGGUAACCCCAUGUUUAACGUUACAACACUAUGAACUGUUGGUUAUUCCCUCAGGCAAAAUCUGCAGAGAUGCGGACUUACAGAAAGUGUGCAUAAAUGGCUCAAAAAGUCUGCAAGAGAGCCCUCAUGCUCUAAGAACUCGCGGACUAACCACUUACUCAAAGUUUGUGAGUGCGAAGAUUGGGAUUGGAUCAGGCACAUGCAUUUCAUAGGAACUCUCCGGACUUGCCAUUCUCUACCUGUCCACCAGAUGUCCUCAGACUUUUCCACCUGUCCCAGUCACCUGACUCCCACACCCACCCUCUCACUUGUUUCCACUUUCCCUCAACACCCCUGCAGUAUAUAACCAGCCCAUUUCCACUAAUUUCCUGCCAGAUUGUCAAUGUAGUUAUGUUGCUUAUAGCCUUUUCAUCAGGCCACCUGGUCCUUGUUAGCUGUUCUUGUUCCUGUGUCCAGUUGUGCCCUCUUGGAUUUGUUCAACUGUUCGGGCUGCCAUCCUGCUGCCAACUUGUUAGCUUGUUCCUGACCAUUGCCUCUAGUAAAUUUCUUCUUUCAUCCUACUUUCUUGCCUGCGUGUGUGUGUGUGUGCAUUUGUUUGCAUUUCAGUCCUCCUCCCUUUGUUGCCUAAAUUCCCUAUUUGUGACAGAGGAUCACCAAAGUCAUCAGGAUUCAUCCUCUGGGCACCAUGAAUAUCUGUACCAAAUGUAAUCCAUCCAAUAGUUGUUGAGAUAUUUCAGUCUGGACCAAAGUGAUGAACCGACUGACAGUAUAGUAACAGCCAAAAUGAGUAUUUGAGUAAAAUUAGCAAGCUGAUAUUAUCAGUUAUAGUAUAUUAGUAUACUGAAAACCUGAUUUGCUUUAUCAUAUACUGUACUAAAAUGACAAUUGUGUUGAACUCUAAUGACAGCAAGUAUGGACAACAGCAAACAGCCUUCACAUGAAGAAGCUCCAUCUCACUCCUUUCUCUUCAGAGCUGUUAGGCUUUUCACCGGGGACAUGCGUCUCUGUGGAGAUUGGGUGAAAAGACAGGCUGUGGUAAUCCAACUGCUGGACUGGAUUUUCCGAGGGGUGGCCCAGGUCAUGUUUGUCAACAACCCUCUCAGUGGGCUCCUCAUCACGGCCGGCCUCUUCCUACAGAACCCUUGGUGGGCUCUGAAUGGUCUGCUGGGUACCCUUGUGUCCACUGUGUCUGCCAUCUUACUGGGACAAAACAGGGAAGCCAUAUCAGCGGGUUUAUAUGGCUACAAUGGAACCUUGGUCGGCAUACUGAUGGCUGUUUUCUCUGCCAAAGGAAGCUGGUACUGGUGGCUGUUAUUGCCAAAUGUGUUCAUGUCCAUGUUGUGCCCAGUGGUCUCCAGUGCUUUGUCCUCAGUUGCCAGCAAAUGGGACCUCCCAAUAUUCACCCUCCCUUUUAAUAUUUUGGUGUGUCUACAUGUUGCAGCUACAGGAGCUAAUCACCCCUACUUUCCAGAGGUGGCUUUCCAGCCAAAUUACCAUCUGCACCCUCUUAAUGACUCCAUCAAAGGCUUCAGUAUCUCUCAGCUAUUCCUGUCUGUGCCAGUUGGUGUUGGCCAGGUGUAUGGCUGCGACAGUCCUUGGACAGGAGGUCUCAUCCUUCUGGCCCUGUUGCUUUCCUCACCAACUAUCUGUUUUCAUGCCAUGUUGGGCUCUGCUGCUGGCAUGCUGUCUGGUCUUCCCUGUGGUACAGGACAUGCUCUGGCUGCUCCUCACAAGGACAUUUACUCAGGGCUGUGGGGAUAUAACAGUGCUCUAUCCUGCAUUGCCAUUGGAGGAGUCUUCUACGUCAUAACAUGGCAAACCCAUCUACUGGCUCUAGUAUGUGCACUUUUCUGUGCAUACAUGACUGCAGCGAUCUCAAAACUGAUGUCUGUGCUUGCAUUACCAGCCUGCACGUGGCCUUUCUGCCUGUCCACUCUCAUCUUCCUCCUCAUUUCCUCUGAGAUCCCAGCCAUCUGCAGACUGCCUUUGUCUGUGGUCUCCUACCCCGAGGAAAAUCGGCGCUACCAGAGACAAUUAAAGGCCUUCAAGAAAGCUCAGCACAGUCAGCAGAGCAGCAGCCAAGACGAGGCCCCACUGAAGGCGAACGGAGGGCCAAAUAUCCAGUUGGUAGUAAAGGGGGGCUGCAGUGAAUCUGUAUGAUUAGAGGAGAUGCUCUUUUGUCCUGACAUUUACCUCUAUGAGUACACAUGUUGCACUUGUUGUUGGAAAUGUAGGAACAGUAUGGUGAUAUACAGUUUUGGUAUUUCCUCUCUUGCAUGAUAAUAAAUAUUGGUUAUAUAAAAUGGCUGGAAUUGCAAUAAGAAAUAUAAAUUUACUAUAUAAAUAUAGUAAAUGUUUUCUUAUGCAAUAUAGCUACUCUACACAGCAGAGGGCAGCACUUUCCAAGGAAAUAUGGAACCACUGUUGUUGCGUGUAAAUGUAAAAAUACUGAGCAGAUUUGAAUGUAAAUGCAAUUAUGUAUACCAACUUUGUAAGCAAUAAUAUACAUGACAUUAAAUGUAGUCUUGUGUUAUUCAUAUACAGUUGUUUAAAUUUAACAUUAAACCAUUUCCUCUAGUCUCAACAGCACAA